ACCGUCGCCGUCGCCGCCGCCACCGACGCCAGCACUGUGUCGUCAUCGCGCCGCCGAAACCACCACCGACAGAACGCAACCGACUGCCCACCGAGGAGAAAGCACUCUGCGUGGCAAAAUAAGUACGGUCGAACUCACGUCACGUCAUCAUGAAGUGGUUCACUUCGUUGGUCUUGUCGGUCGCGGUGGCGGUGGCCGUCACGCAUAUGGCGCACGGGCUGCCCGCCCCCGGUAAGGCGGACGCUGCCAAGAUCCAAAAGAACAUGGCCAAGAAUAAAGCCAAGAAGACGCAGGAAGUACUCCAGUUCGGUAACCAGCAGAACAGACAGGCGGACACCAGAAACUACGCCAGAGCCGAAAAGAGACAGGCACCUGAUGAUCACCACGACCCGGAACCGGUGCCCGAGGUGAACAACGCCCUUGAACACUAUCCCCAGUCAGCCAGACAUGAAAAGAUCACCGACCUCUUUUACAACCCAGAUUCUUACGGUAUUCAAUCACUAGACGCCGAUGACCGUUAUAAAAGGAACGCUUACCACUUCGGCUCACCAGUUAAAAGGAGUGGUUCUAGAGUAUACGGUUCUUAUUUGGACAGCGGACGUGCCAAACGCGACUUGCCUUUUGACCCCGAAGAAUUGCUGGCGUUGAUGUCCAUCCUGGAAGCAAAUAAGGCUCGAGACAAAUCCAGACGUCCCGCACAAAAUUAUGGUCAAAGUUAUGGACAAAGUUAUGGACACGACACAAUUCCGUACGAAGAAAAUGAGAUACCAGAAGAAGAUGACGAAGACGACGUCCAAGAAGUUUGGGAGGAGCGCCCCGUUGUACUGGCCCCGUCGCCGAAAGAUUUCUACAUCAACAACGAGUUCCAGCGCAAGCAGAGAGCUCAACACGGAUCCAAAAAUAAUUAUUUUCAGGGUCUAAACCACUACCAAGAAGAACCGCAGUACUAUAGAUUGUCAGAUUUCUACCGCUAUUACAACUACUAAACAUAAUAAUAUUAUAUAUAUAAUUAUAACAAUAAUAAUUAUAAUAUACGAGUACGGCGAUGCUGUUUCACUCAUCUAGUGGCAUUUAUAUACUUUACCAUCGUCUCUAAUUUAUAAUAAACUUAAAGUUAAUAUAUUAA